UGUCAUGUGACUUUAGCGAUAAAAGCCUGUUUCCGGUUUCAUGAGGUUUUUGUAUGCAUGGAAACCUCGUUAGACCGUAGGUAAAACAUCCAAAGAUGUCAGAGAAGCAGCGCGCGCUGCCUCUUUGGAUGUCAAACAAAAAUGUGAGGAAGAAGACGACACCUCUGAAGAGUCAAAGAAAAGGAAAAGCUGCGAGGGUGCUUUUCUACUGCAUGAAUGAGGCCGAGCUGGUCGAAGCAGCUGUUCGAUGUCUAACCAGCGGUUCCCCAAUUCACCAACAGAUUUCUAAAAAGGGAAGCAACGCAAGAGAAAAAGUAAAGAACCCUUUGACGUCACCCAAAAGAUUAAAGCAGAUUUCAGAGGAAAAAGACUGGGACUGCUGCGAUUACCCGGAGACGACCUAUGUUUCUGAGACGGACUUGGACGUCACAGAAGUGGAAACGCUGCCGUACACCAGGAGCCCUGAGGCUGAGAGGUCACACCAGAAUCAACGGACUGUGAGGAACGCCGAUGCUGAAGCUGAGGGAGAACAGGAGAAACCAACAGAGGAUGCAGCACAUCAAGAGGACGAGGCCUUACAACUUGUGCGGGACAUUUUUUUCACCUGAUCACUGUUGUUGUAAAUAAAAUGUCUUUAAGGUAAAAGUAAACUGAAAUCCUCAACAUGUCAUGAAAAUAUUGAGGUAUCUUAAUGUAAAGACAGCUAUUUCACAUUAAAGUUUAAGUUUAAAAAAUAUCUUACUAUCAGAAUUGACUUCAAACUUAAAAUACAAUAGAACUCCAGACUUCCUGUAGUUUUUAAUGAUUCUUCAUCAUUAACUUGGCUUGUUUCCUAAUGGUCAUGACAUACAAAACCUCAUGGGAUCUCAUGAGGUUACUGCAGAAAAAACCUCUCUUAUGAAUAAAAGCAUAUUGGUACUUUUUUAGUUUGUGAAAAUGAAAGUCAUGGCAGCUGUGAUGACCCUAAUGACUCAGAUACUUUCUAAUAAAGAACAUUUGCGGUUA